UGCGCCUCGGGACCAGACAAGAUGUUUAAACUACUAACGAGCAUCGUUGGUGUGCUGCUAAUGGUGUCCCGACACGGCAUCACCUCAGCCGACCCAAGCUUGGAAGAAUACAUCACUAGGCAGAAGAAUAAAGCAAACGACUAUUUUGAAAGUCAAAUUAACUACAUUAAGCAAAUAAUGGAUUCCACCUACAAGGAAAUUAACGGCAAUACCUGGAUAAAGGCUGUAGAGGACUACAUCGACAAUUUUAAGGAUAGAACUUCAUUCAUGCAUUCAGAUGACCCAGGCGCAAGACUUAAAGACCCUGAACUAAUUUUAUCUGUACCAGCGAUGGUGACCAGCAACGGGUACGACUGUGAAACGCAUUCAGUGGUGUCUGAAGGCUACAUUUUGACUGUGCACAGGAUCCCGAGAGCUAAGGCAGGUGGGUCUACACCUAAUAAGGCAGUCAUCCUCCAACACGGGCUGUUCGACAGUUCCGCGAACUUCAUCGCCAGUGGACCAGAGAAAUCCCUCGGGUACGUCUUGGCAGAUGCCGGGUACGACGUGUGGAUGGCCAACGUGAGAGGCAACAGGUACUGCCGGGAACACUCCCGGUACAAAACUAACACGAAAGAAUUCUGGAACUUUUCGUUCCACGAAAUUGGACUUUACGAUAUGCCAGCUAUAAUUGAUUACAUACAUAAAGUUAAGGGGGACGACGCUAAGGUUGGGUACAUAGGGCAUUCUAUGGGGACGACGAUAAUGUACACGAUGUUGUCGCUUCGGCCGGAGUACAAUGAGAAGUUGAGCGUGGGCGUGGCCUUGGCGCCGGCGGUGUUUAUGGCGAACAUGGAGUCUCCGGUGAGGGUGCUGCAUGCGGGCGCGAGCCGGGCUGCGCACGCGGCGCUCCUGCUGCGCUCAUACGAAGUAGGACAAGCAGACUACUUGGAUAGACUCGGCAAGAUAUGUCAAACGGAGUUGGCCAGCGACUACUGCAAGCGUUUAGCGUUUUAUAUCAUCGGCAAAGACGAGGAACAGUGGAACAAGUUCCGCAUGCUCCAAUUCUUGGCGAACGGCGGCGGCGCUUCCUGGAAGUGUAUACUGCAUUACGCCCAAACGCAUCUCUCUGGAAAAUUCCAGCAGUUCGACUACGAAUCCCCGGCACGAAACCGAGCCGUGUACAACUCUGAUACACCGCCCGAGUACGACUUGAAGAAAGUGACGUUAAAUACGACAUUGUUUUGGGCUGAAAAUGACUUGAUGUGCAGUGAAAAAGAUGUGCAAAAACUCCACGACACUCUUCCGGAGACCACCACGAUGUACAUGGUCCCUUUCUCGAAAUUCAACCAUGCAGAUUACCUAUGGGCAGUAGACGCGCCAAAAUUGGUGAAUGAUAAAAUUUUAGAAGUAUUAGAAGAAGGUAUGAAAAUGUAAUAACUAUAACUUUUUCCUUUAUAGGUAGUAUUUUAGAUAAACAGCAUUUUCGUUUGUAUUAUUUUAUUUUGUUACAAUCAUCUAGUGAAAUACAUACCUCUAGAGUUAUAAAAAAUAAAAUUUAAAAAUUAAGCCCCCUAAUCCAAGAGGAGGGGGGUGGGUCCAUUUAAGUAUGGGGCAUUUUAGUCGAUAAAAUUGUCAUCACAACAUCGCCUUAAAUUAUCCCUAGCACUAUCCCAAACACUGUACAUUUUCGAAGAUCCCUAUCAUCUCCUUUCUCUCCCUCCAGCCUCUUUAUUCUAACCGAAAGGGAUCCAAAAGCGAAUGGGAUUGGAUGGAAAUAAAUAGAAAAAAAAAAGACCAGUGUUAUUCGUACAUGAUUGUAUGAGCUGGCCAAGUGAAAUACCUAUCAUUAGUGAAGGCCAUUCAAUUAUACCUAUCUAGAGAGUUAUUUCUUCACUUUACGACGUCCUUUUUUAUAAUGCAAAGUUAGUAGCAACAAAAAGGCAGUUCGAUUUGGACUGUGUCCAUUUAUUAUUUUUAUAAAUUCAUUUAUAAACAACGGCUGUUAUCUGCUGACAACUGUCCAUUGGGAGCCAGUGUUCCGGAAUGGUCGCUAUUGUUCAUUCGUUAAUGAACGCCAAUGAUAUCAACGUCAGAGCCAGAGCGACGCCUCUUUACCUACGAGCAAAAUUAAUAAAGUUUUGGAUAGAUCAUUCACAUUUAGGCGACUUUAGCAACGCGACUGUCGCGCCUUAUUCGCUGCUACCGCGCAGCUGUCGCGCUUCUGACGCCCUAUGUGAAAGCAGUCUUAUUUUGAGGACUACAGGUAUAAAGGUGCAAGUUCGAAGCUGACUGCACGCAGG